UAAAAGAAGACCAUCAUAGCAUACAUCAGUCAUAUCAUAUGUCGUGAAGGUGGCGAUGGUAGUUCCAUAUCUAGAAACGGACGUAUUGUUCUGAGUGGAGAGGGCUUCCUUUGGAGGAACGAUACUCCUGUCACCCAACAGCCACGGGCGUUUAUACAGUACCUCUUCCCUAUCGCUCCUCGAGUUCAUCUCGUGCCUGCAAGCCAUCUGUCGGCAAAGGAUGUCGUGUCAGAAGCGGAACAGAGUACCGCCUCUCGUACCGGACAGAGACAGCUUACAGACCGUCGAUCACGAAGAUUGAUUCGCGGCAUAAGCGACAGGUACCUCGAGGGGCUCUUCAUUAGGCAGCAGCUGGCCUUCCUCCCAUAAUGUGUCUGGACGGGUUCCAAUUGUCUGCCCAACAUAAGAGUCCUGUCCACUACUUGCUCGUUUGAUCCAGCGGCUUCACUCGUCAUGAUGGCGGACUCCUCGAUCUCACGUCCUUCGAUCACAGUGAGCCUUCACGCCAGCCACGACGAACUCGACCUCUCAGGAAAAUCACCUUUCGAUUUCGACAUCACCGCGACUCUCUGCGCCGACAAAGCGGUCGUGAUCUACAGCUCGGAUACAAUACUCUCGCCAGUCGCCGCACUGCUACAGGGAGGCCUCGAGUUCACGCCCCUAGGAGAAGAAGCACUUUUGCCUCAGAUUACCAGAUUCAGCAGCCCGCCCAGCGAGCCUACACGCACGUGGAACUCCGCCAAUUUCAUCGUCCUGGGCCCAGGAGCGCCCAAAUCUAUUAGGAUUCCAUUCGGCGCGCUCGAACCACUAGCAGGCGACCAGUUCGACCUCCGAUUCUGGAUGAACACGGCCGCGUUCAAAGCUGGAAAGACGUACAAGGCUAGAUUACCGUCCACAGCGAAGAUUAGGUGGUGGCGGAUUGCGACCGCCGCGGAGGUCAAGAGCGGCACUCCUGCUCUGCCUGGCGGCUUCUUGAGCGCAUUGACUUCGGCGGUCAUCUCGUGGUGGAAUGGCCCUUGUUCUGUUGACGAAGGUGUUCCUGUCCUGCCAGAAACAGAGCAACUUACCGUUGUUGUGGAGGGUGAUGGUGUAAGUUUCACGUGCAAAGGAGUACCGACGGAGAUUCCAAGAAACGGUUGAAAGGGAUGGUCCAUCGUGAGUUGUUAUGCACUUGGGAAGCAAGAGAAUCAAUCUUUGAGCUUGGUGGACCCCAAUUGGGAUAGUCUGAUGGGUGUCUUUCCCGAAUUCUCUGCGCACUCAGGAUAAGCCUGGUGAGCAUCGAAAGCGCACUGUCACCUGGGGAUAGAAUGAGGUGUGAUCUAGUCCAACUGAUGAAUACCAGGGUUGUGCUUCUUCACCAU